AUGGCUGCCGGAUGGGGAGGAGGCUGGAGCUACUCUCCUGGUUGGGGCUCACGGUGGUGGGAUCAGGGCUCGUGGUGGCAUGGACGCUGGAGCCAAGAAGAGAAAGUGCCUUGGGAGAAACCCGAGGUGCCGACAGAGGAGCCCAAGUUGGAAGAACCAGAAAGGCCAAGUGAUAGAAGCGACAGGCCAAGUGACGACGGAGGAUGGGUCUGGAGCGGCUGGAGCUCCAGUUGGUAUGGAAAUGGAAGGCCAUGGUCCAGUUGGUCGUCCUAUCCUUAUGGAUACGGCUAUGGCGGCUACGGCUACUCUGGCUAUUCCAGCUGGGAUGAAAGAUGGGCAAGACCCGAUGCACCUGAAGCGAAGCAGGAUGAUAGCCAGAACCGCCAAGAACGAUGGAGCCAAGCCUUUUUGAAAGACAGGCAAGAACUUCAGGAAGGAGCCUGGUGGAAGAGCGAACGGGACGAACGAUCCAAGGAAAACAUAGCUUCCGAAGCUAGGCAAGCUGAGGAAGGAAGCCAAGAGCCAAAGUGGGUGCCGAUAGCUGCUUCAAGUGGACUGGAAACAAGCUCAGCCACCGGAACACCACAGGAGCCCCCCGUUGGAUCGGUCGGCGAGCCCAAGAUCGGUCCUGUCGCCAAUUCUCAAAACAAGGAGAUCGAGCAGCCAUCCCAUCAAAAUGAGGAAUGGUACCAGAAGUGGCUGCGCCGACAACAGGAGAAAGAGGCAAACAGCACCCAAACCGCAGUACCACAGGCUGAGAGCUUCGUAACGAAGGCCAAGAAGGUCGAAGUGUAUGAGGCGCAAGUGCCGGAAGCUGUCGCCGAUCCCGACACUCAGCCUGCUCCUUUAGACCAGGAGAUGUCCCUUCACUCGAUUCCGGAGCCAGAGGGGCAGCCAGUGCGGCAUCCUCACGAGAAUGAGGAGUGGUAUCAAAAAUGGUUGCGGCGGCAGAAGAACCAGCCAUCGCAUGUGAUAGACAUUGGUGCUCCCCAGCCUCAAGCUUCCACCCAAGCGGCGGCAAGCAGCUCCAGUGAUCCCCAGGUCUCAUCCGCAGAGGCAGUCCCUACGAGCAGCGCAGAAGAGAGGCGAGUUUGCCCGGACGACGGCAAAACAUACACGUUUGAUGAGUUGAAGAAGGCUUAUGCAGGACAAUACUCAGAGGAAGACUUGACCGCAUACUGGAGAGAUGCCAUGGCAACUCCUGGAACUGCGGCAGACAAGCCCCCUGAGUCCAAGAAAGAGGAUUACAAACAAGAAGAGUGGUACCAGAAAUGGUUACGAAGACAGCAGAACAAGAACCGGCAGAUCAUCGAAAUUGGUUAG